AAUGGUAUUUAAGUUAUAAAGGGGAAAUAAAAUGGUGGUGGAUCAUAUCAUGAAGAAGGGAAUUAGAAAAAGGUUGGAAACUGGGUAGAAUUGGAUGAAUUCUUUUAUUGUAAUCAGAGUAUUGAUUACUAAGUCACUCAUAGUGGAGAAUAUAAUCUGAAAGGUCAAAAAGUAGGGAUUUGGUUUGAAAUGGAUAUAAAACGUAAGAGAAAACAAGGAGAAAAGAUAUAUGAUAAUUGAAAGAAUAUAAAUGAGAUAUAAAUAAAUACACAUUC